UUUGUGUGCGCGAGAGGCCGCCGAUAAAGGUUGAGUGCCUCGCGCCGGGGGCCGUGGGGAGGGAGCGCGCCCCCGCCCCCUCCCGGGCCGCGGCUCCCGCAGCGCUGUGCCGGGCCCCGCUUCCCGUCAGCCCCCGCGGGAAGGCUCUGGGGUUCUCCUUGAUCCCCCUCCCAGACCGGGGCCACAGGUGUGAUGGCCAGCUCCCACGUGGACAUGGCGCCAGCUUCCACCACCGUGGGAACGGAGGAAAAGCCAGGCCCCACUGCCCCAGCACCCACCCCCGCUGCUCAGUAUGAGUGCGGGGAGUGCGGUAAGUCCUUCCGGUGGUCAUCUCGGCUCCUGCACCAUCAGCGCACGCACACGGGCGAACGGCCUUAUAAGUGCCCGGACUGCCCCAAAGCCUUCAAGGGUUCCUCAGCCCUCCUCUACCAUCAGCGGGGCCACACAGGCGAGCGGCCGUAUCAGUGCCCAGACUGUCCCAAAGCCUUCAAGCGCUCCUCCCUGCUGCAGAUCCACCGCAGUGUUCACACGGGCCUGCGAGCCUUCACCUGUGGCCAGUGUGGCCUGGCCUUCAAGUGGUCAUCCCACUACCAGUACCACCUGCGACAGCAUACUGGCGAGCGGCCCUACCCAUGCCCAGACUGCCCCAAGGCUUUCAAGAACUCGUCCAGCUUGCGGCGUCACCGGCAUGUACACACCGGGGAACGCCCUUACACCUGUGGCAUUUGCGGCAAGAGCUUCACACAGAGUACCAAUCUGCGCCAGCACCAGCGGGUACACACAGGGGAGCGUCCAUUUCGCUGUCAGCUCUGCCCCAAGACCUUCACACACUCCUCCAACUUGCUGUUGCACCACCGCACCCACAGCCCUGCCCCUGGCUCCAUCCCCACCCCUGAGGAGGAGACCAGCACAGCCAGCACCAAGGUCCUGGUCUCUGAUGCCUACCUACAGCCCUGCAGCCCACCUGCACCCCAAGUCCCGUCCCCUCCACCCCCACCCGUGGUCCCUGAGCUCUUCCUGGCAGCUGCGGAGACCACUGUGGAGCUGGUGUACCGCUGUGACGGCUGCGAGCAGGGAUUCAGCAGCGAGGAGCUGCUCUUGGAGCACCAGCCCUGCCCGGGUCCCGCCGUGGCCGCCCAGCCCCAAGAUGCGCCUGCUGAACUGCCCCAGGCCGAUCCCCCUCUGCCACAGCCCCCGCCUGUCACUGCGGAGUCCCCGAACUUUGCUUGCCUUCCUUGCGGGAAGUCCUUCCGGACCGUGGCUGGCCUGUCCCGCCACCAGCACAGCCAUGGCGCAGCCAGUGGGCAGGCCUUUCGCUGCGGCAGCUGUGAUGGCGCCUUCCCACAGCUGGCCAGCCUUUUGGCUCACCAGCAGUGCCAUGUGGAGGAGGCGGCCGCUGGUCGCCCGCCCCCUCAGGCUGAGGCUGCUGAGGUCACCUGUCCCCAGGAGCCUCUAGCCCCAGCCACUCCUGCUCCACCUCCACCCCCGCCUGCCCCUGUUUCUGCAGAGCGGCCAUACAAAUGCGCCGAGUGUGGCAAAGCCUUCAAGGGUUCUUCCGGGCUGCGUUACCACUUGCGGGACCACACCGGCGAGAGGCCCUACCAGUGCGGGGAGUGCGGCAAAGCCUUUAAGCGGUCCUCUCUGCUGGCCAUCCACCAGCGCGUGCACACAGGCCUUCGAGCCUUCACCUGUGGUCAGUGUGGCCUCACCUUCAAGUGGUCAUCCCACUACCAGUACCACCUGCGACUGCACUCAGGUGAGCGGCCCUAUGCCUGCAGCGAGUGUGGCAAGGCCUUCCGGAACACAUCGUGCCUGCGGCGCCACCGACACGUGCACACUGGCGAGCGGCCGCACUCCUGUAGCGUGUGUGGCAAGAGCUUUGCACAGACCUCCAACCUGCGGCAGCACCAACGCGUGCACACGGGCGAGCGACCCUUCCGCUGCCCACUCUGCUCCAAGACCUUCACCCACUCUUCCAACCUGUUGCUGCACCAGCGCACCCAUUCUGCCGAGCGCCCUUUUGCCUGCCCCAUUUGCGGCCGUGGCUUUGUCAUGGCUGCCUAUCUGCAGCGGCAUCUGAGGACGCACACCCCAGCCACAGCAGCCUCGGGCACCACCGGCCCCACUGUUCCACAGCCUCCUGCCCCAUUGGCCGCAGCUCCAGCUCCACUGGCCGCCCAAGAUGUUCAUGUCCUUCCCCACCUACAGGCCACACUUUCACUUGAAGUAGCUGGGACCACAGCUCAGGCUACACCCCCAGGCCAAGUAGUCCCCAACUCCCAGACAUUUCUCCUGGUACAGACUGCCCAGGGCCUUCAACUGAUCCCUAGCAGUGUCCAUCCCCCUACCCCUCCACCACCGCCUCCACCCCCCAAACUCAUCCUCCUGCCUCCUGCCAAUACUGGGGGUAUGGGCAAUGGUGCUGCGAGACAGGGCCCUCGGGCUGUGGGGAAAACUGGACAGGGGACAGGAGUAAUGUGGUUUCCAGGCCCCAGUGGUCUGGGGAUGCAGGGAGGGGGUAAUGCAGGGGCUAGCGGGGGAGGCCAGAGCCUCAUUGUUCUGCAGAAUGUAGGGAGUGGGGAGACAGGGUCACAGGAAAUGAGUGGGGUUCAACUUCAGCCAGCACAGGAAGUGGCCACGGUCCAACUCCAGCCUGCACAAGAAGUGACCACGGUCCAGCUCCAACCAGCACAGGAAGUGACCACGGUCCAGCUCCAGCCCCUGACAGGCCAAGUCUCCAGUUCUAAUGGCGGGGCUGUGGCUACGGACACUCCAAACCUGCUGGUGGUUCAGAGUGGCCCUGAAGAGUUGCUCACUGGCUCUGGGCCUGGGGAGGUGGGGGACAGCGAAGCCAGUGCCAGUGUGGUUCAGGAUGUCCUGUUUGAAACGCUGCAGACAGAUGAGGGGUUGCAGAGUGUGCUGGUGCUGAGUGGGGCGGAUGGCGAGCAGACCAGGCUCUGUGUGCAGGAGGUGGAAACCCUUUCCCCUGGGCUGGCAGAGCCACCCGCCACUGCCCCUGCAGGACAGAAACUCCUCAUCAUUCGGAGCGCUCCCGCUACCGACCUGCUGGAGAGCAGCAGUGUUGCAGGAGGCACCGCGACACUGCAGCUCCUGGCCCCACCAACACCUGGCCCGGUCUCUGCCCCUGUCGGGGUGCCCGUAGCUCCCACCUCCCAGAUGGUACAAGUGGUCCCUGCAGUGGCUGGCCCGGGGGUCAUGGCUCCCCAGAGCUUGCCCUCUAUCCAGAUUGUACAGACUCUGCCCGCAGUCCAGUUGGUACACACAUUUUGAAG